AUGACUGAGACAAAGAAGACCUGGAUUGAUGUCCAGAAGAGGACCUUCACUGGUUGGGCCAACAACUAUUUGAAGGAGCGUAUCCUUAAGAUUAACGACCUCGCCACAGACCUGGAGGAUGGUAUCAUGUUGAUCAACUUGUUGGAGAUUAUCUCAAGCAAGAAGAUCCUCAAGUUCAACAAGCAGCCAAAGAUCAGAUUGCACAAGAUGGAGAACAACAACUUGGCCGUCAACUUUAUCAAGCAGGAGGGUCUCAAGCUCGUGGGUAUUGGUGCUGAGGACAUCGUCGAUGGCCAGCUCAAGCUCAUCCUCGGUCUGAUCUGGACCCUGAUUCUGAGAUAUCAGAUCCAGAUGGCCGAGACCGACUCGCCAAAGGCCGCCCUGUUGGAGUGGGUGCGCAACCAAGUCAAGCCAUACGGUGUCCGUGUGGACAACUUCACCGACUCGUGGAGAGACGGAAAGGUGCUGUCGGCCCUCACCGACUCGCUCAAGCCAGGCGUGCUCGACAUGAACACCCUGACCAACGACGCCCUCACCGACGUAGACCGUGCCAUGGAUGUCGCCCUCGAGCAGUACGAGAUCCCCAAGAUUAUGGACCCAUCCGAUAUGGUCAACUUGCCAGACGAGCUGUCCGUCAUCACCUACGUGUCCUACUUCCGUGACUACGCCGUCAACAAGUGCAAGCGUGAUCAGGAGGCCGCCGAGGCCCUCGAGCGCAAGAGACGUACCACAUCGGACGCCUCCCAGGUGCUCGCCUACGGACCAGGUCUGGAGGGUGGCUUCGUCAACCAGCGCGGAGACUUCACCAUCAAGGCCAUCAACUACUACGGUGAGCCAUUGCCAAACGGUGGUGAGAACUUCACCGUCACCGUCACCGGUGACAACGGUGCCCAGAUCCCAGUCCACUUGGUCGACAAGGCCAACGGAACCUACGAGGGCAACUACACCGCCAGCGAGCCACAGGACCUCGUCAUCAACAUCAAGUUGGACGGCGUCGACAUCAAGAACUCGCCAUUCCACGUCAAGAUCGACGGUGCUGACCACAACGAGUCCAACGCCUACGGUCCAGGUUUGGAGGGUGCCAAGGUUGGCGUCCCAGCCCCAUUCAAGAUCCAGGGUCGCAACAAGGCCGGCGAGCCAAUGACCCGCGGAGGCGACGACUUCACCGUCAAGGUGACCGGCCCAGCCGGCAACGUCCCAGCCAACGUCCACGACAAUGGUGACGGCUCAUACGACGUCGUCUACAACCCAACCAAGGGUGGUGAUCACACCGUUGAGGUCUUCCUCCGCGGCACCCCAUUGGCCCAGGGUCCAGUCCCAGUCCGUGUCCUGUCCUCUGACGAGAACAACUCCUUCUGUGACGGUCCAGGUUUCGAGGCUGCACAGGCUCGUCGCCCAACCCAGUUCACCAUCCACUCUGUCGGUGCCAACGGCAAGCCAUGCACUGACGGAGGUGACCCCUUCCAGGUGUCCAUCUCUGGCCCACACCAGGUCGAUGUCUCCAUUGAGGACAACGGCGACGGAACCUACACCGUUGCCUACACCCCAGAGAAGCCAGGCGACUAUGAGAUUCUGGUCACUCUGAACGAGAAGCCAAUCAAGGACAUCCCCAAGAACAUCCACAUCAAGCCAGCUGCCGAUCCCAACAACUCGUACGCUGAGGGCCCAGGUUUGGAGCACGGAGAGUGCUUCCAGCCAUCUAAGUUCAAGAUCCACGCCGUCGACCCCGACGGAGUUCACCGCAACGACGGUGGUGACGGAUUCGUCGUCACUGUUGAGGGACCAGCCCCAGUCGAGCCAGUCAUGGUCGACAACGGAGACGGUACCUACGAUGUUGAGUUCGAGCCAAAGGUCCCAGGUGACUACACCAUCAACCUCACCCUCGAUGGCGAUAACGUCAACGGCUUCCCAAAGGUCGUCCGCGUCAAGCCAGCCCCAUCUGCCAACCACUCCUACGCCAAGGGCCCAGGUUUGGUCGAGGCUUUCGACAAUGCCGUCGCCGAGUUCACCAUCUUUGCCAUCGACACUAACGGUCAAGCCAGAACCGACGGAGGUGACCCCUUCGCCGUUACCAUCAACGGACCAAACGGUCUCGUCGUCGACCCCAAGGUCACCGACAACAACGACGGUACCUACGCCGUCCAAUACGAGCCAACCGUCGACGGAGACUACCAGAUCAACGUCACCCUGCGCGACGUCCCCAUCAAGGACAUGCCAGUCACUGUCAAGUGCAUUGAGGGUGCCGACGAGGGAUCAUCAUUCGGUUCAUUCACAUUCACCGUGGCCGCCAAGAACAAGAAGGGCGAGGCCAAGACCUACGGAGGCGACAAGUUCGAGGUCUCCAUUACCGGCCCAGCCGAGUACAUCACUCUGGACGCCAUCGACAACCAGAACGGAACCUACACCGCCGCCUACUCGCUCCAGGGCAACGGAAGAUUCUCCACCGCCGUCAAGCUGAACGGAAAGCACAUCGAGGGCAGUCCAUUCAAGCAGGUGUUGGGCAACCCAGGCAAGAAGAACCCAGAUGUCAAGACCUUCACCACCACCGCCUCUGCCAACAUCUAA